ACGAAGAAGGAGACGGAGAAGGAGGAGAAAGAAGAAAAGGACGAAGAAGUUGUCGCGAAGUCAAGCGCGCACACCACAACGAGGAGCCGCGGUCUGGUAAGAACUAGUUUCGUCAAGGUCUGGUACAGAAUUCGUGCUUUGAAUAAUAUCAUCACCCAUCGGUCCCGUCGACUAUUUGAUCAUUCACCACGUGAAACCCCCACACCUCUCUAUACCCGUAAUGCCGGCCACGAUGAACAUUCUGAAGCUCGACCUGGAGAGAAAGAAAAAGUCCGAGGGGCGAUCCUUCCUCGAUUCCUCAUCCUCGUCGGACGAAGAGCUCGCGAGCGACGAAGAAAACGAAUGUACGCGGCAAAAAGGAGGCGAGGAAAGUGACGGAAGGAGGCCAAUGGCGGAGGAAGAGAGAAAAGUCUCCGAUGAAACCAACGCGGAGCUUCUGUUGCCCUGGAAAACCGAGGUGGCUCCAGAAAAGAUCCAGCCGCAAAAGUUGAUCGAAGAAGUAUCGGAGUCCAAACAAUAUAUUGCCGAUGACGCGGAGGAAAAUUUGCACGGGAAACAGAUUUUGGACGAUCGUAAGAGCAUACAUGAUCCACUCGAUGAUUAUAUCGUAGGUAGAGAAGUCACUAAUUGUAAAAAAAUAUUGUUAGAGUCAGCAACGGAAAAAGAAGAAAUAUCAAAUUCGCAAAAAUCGACUGAUAAUGAUAAUAAUAAAACAAAUGAUCGUAAAAACGAAAAAACAUCUACCUGCUCCGUAUCAAGCGACACAGCGGAUCUAAAGCAAACGUUAGAAGAGAAUGAAAAACUCACGAGCGCGAUCACCGACAUGACAGACGAUGCGUCGAGCAAAAAUAUCAAGAGCUAUCAAAGAAAAAGUAAAGAACAUCCAUUCGGUUCUAAACUUAGCAGUAUUCGCGAAGAGAUGCGAGAAUUCUGCGAUAGAAUGGACAAGUUUGUUGACGAAAACAAGAUAGUGUUCAAAAAUGGCGAGGUGGAAGGAUUCUGGGGCAAGGAAAAGAUGGACGAGAAUCUGCAAACUGAUCCUAUUGAUGAUAGCGAGAUCCAAGAAACCGAGACCGAGGUUCCCACGAGCAAGGAAGAUAAAUUACAAUGGUGGAAUACCAAGGAGAGAAAUCUGAAGGUCAGGGAGAUUAUAAGACAACGAGAGGACGAAGCGAGGAAACACAAAGUGGAGAUUAAAGAUGCUGCAACGAGUAAUAAUUCCAAUUGUUCUUCAUUAGAAGAUAGAAUGCAAGUAAUGGAUACUGCGGACAAUUUUCAAGACGUCUACGAUUUGAUGACAAUGAAGACUUGCCCGAGCUAUUUUCCGGAUUCAACGGAAACAUACUCCGUGAAAGAUGAAGAAAAUUACACAUGCGAGCAAUCUGAAAAAGAAUCACAAGAAAAAUCAUGCGGAGUAUUUAGCAGUAUCUUUGCUGAACUAAGAAAUCGAGAUAUCCAAGAAACAAACAAAUCGAAAGUUUCAAGCGAAUUGAUGAUUCUGGAAGAGAAACUGGAUUCCGAAAAAUCAACAAUUGACACAAAACAAAAAAAUAUCCCUCAAAUUAUCAAUAUGACAGAUCUUAUUGAUUCCGCUGAGGAAUCCUCGAAAUGCAAAAAACUAGAGACUAAUGAGAAUUAUUCGAAAAUCGAAGAUUUGGAAGACAAGUUUAACCAUCUUUUACUAACACCUUCAGAAAUGAAGAAAAACAUCGACGAAUCUGACGAUGAUUCUUUUAAGACAGCAACGUCUCUUGUAGAAGAAAUUUUGGAAACCGAUCAAGAAUCACCAGAAGUUCUAAGAUUGUUCAACACAGAGGAUAAAAUUGUCGAUUCAAAUAAAAAUGAAAAUGUCGAUUUAGAUGAGUGCGAAAUAAUUUCAAACAAAGAGCGCAAUAAUUUAAUUUGCGAAAACAAAAAAGUCAUUAAAAUAGAAGAAUCUUCUGUUAAAAUGGAGAUGUCAAACAGCGAGCAGAAAUUAUCAUCUGAUACCGAGGAAUCUAAUUCUCAAAUGGAGUCGCUGAUCCGAGCGAUAGAUCGCUUAACUUUGGGAAAAAACGCGAAUCAACGGCCUUCGAGACUGACUGGUAAGAGAACACUCGAAAUCAAAGAUGUCGAAAUCAAUAACAAGAAAUCCUUUCUCAUUGAGGAAGUAAAAUCCGAAAGAAAAUCGAAGGAACGCAAAUCUCGUAGUCAAAUCUCCGAAAAAUGCAGACAACACAUGAUACAAGAGACGAAAAAAUUUGCAAAGAAAGUAUCGCCAUUGAUCGAUAAAUGCAUAACGAAUUUGAUCAAAGACUCAGAAAAUGUAGACAGAAGAUCGCAAUAUCAUAAAUACAAACGGCGAAGUCUCGGAGAAUAUUUGCCAUCCGAUUUCGUUUCAAAAAUGGAUCUUAAUAAACCCGCAGGUGAUUCUGGAAAUAAUUGGUCCGAUAAAUAUGACAAUAAAUCUGAUAAUGUCAUAAACGUACAAUUUGGAAAACAAGAAUUGAAGCAAACAAUCAAUUCGGAAUCUGAUUCAUUAUCAGCUAAUGAUUCUGAUAUUCAAUCGCUUGGCAAUAUUUUACGACAAUCUGAAAGCAUCUGUGAGUCGGAAUCAUCGUCCAUAAAUGCUGACGCAUCGCUUUACAAAGAAUUUUGCGAUCAUCUGCAAAAGUUAAAAAGCGAAAAGAAACUGCUGGUUAAAUCAAAUUUUAUAAUAGAAAGAGAAGAAGGAUCAAAAGAAAAGCUACCCGACGAUAAAUCAGUACAGAAAUCGAAUCCGACAAAAAAAUCAGUUAAACCACUGAUUGAAGUGAUAUCUGAAAAUCCUGCAAUUUCUAAUGAUUCUAAAUCAAUUUUAAAACAAGAAGAAAAAUCGCACACUUCUCAAAAUGUUUCCGAUUGUUACAAAAAAGAUGCUGUCUUUAGGCUGGUCGAGGAAACGCCUACGAUGUCUGAAGAUUCUGAAAACCAUGUUAAUAAAAACGCAAUUAAUUUGACGGAGGGAGAAAAGACCGAAAUGUUUUCAAUGUCAUGUACAUUAGACAACGCAAAAUGUAAAGAAGAGUGUGUAUUAUUAAAGGAGAAACGCGAAUGUGCCGCGAUAAAAAAAAGUAUAGAAAUGCAAGUUGCACAGGAAAAUUAGAACGAAUUAAUCUUUUACUAUAUUAUCCUCAAAUCGAUAAUCAUAAUUAACGUAUUUUAUGUAUAUCAAUGAGAAAAACUGACAGAAUUUGUAAGAAAGCGAGAUUCUUUAUACAUGAUUUGCUGUAGAUGAAAAAAAUAUGUUCGCUAGUUUAAGUGUAGAAUGUUCGACACACGAUUUUUUUCUAUUUGAAA